AAACCGGUUUCCAUGCAUGUCCUAUGAAUACACCCGAUAGUUUGGCUGGCUAAGUUACAUUACUGUUUACCCACAUACAAGUUACCUAGAUACUUCCUGGUUCAGGCUUAGUUAUUAAACGACACACACACAGACUAUAAUGUUUUUACAGUUUCGUAGUCUAGAAACAAAAAGUAGAAAUACUAAGAAACACCAAUAUGAGAGAGCGAUGGUUUACAGAGAACUGAAAACAUAAAUGACGAAGACAGUAAUCUUACAAGGAUUAAACAACAAAACUGUGUAUCAAGGUUAAACAUGAAGUCUAAUACAGUCUGGCAGAUGCGUGUGUUUACCCUCGUUUUGUUAACACAUUCCUCUCAAGGGUAUUGACGAGCAUGUGUCAAACAUGUGGUGGACAGCGACAUAUAACAUGAGGUCUACCAAGUCUGUUAUGCUAACAAGGCCUGCCCAUUAGAAUCAACAAAACAAACUAAAUACCCAGUAAUACACAUGUGCACAAAUGAAGGAAUCGAUAAUGUUACAGGACUAUUUCUUGACGGAUUCGCGUCUGCUCAUACAAAAACUAUCUGCAACUGCUCUCUUCAUGCUACAGUGUAUAUGAACGCUGGCUUUGGUAUGAUACAAUAUCCAGGAAUGAAUUGUGGAUCAACAUUAACCAUAAAUACAUCAAAACUGUUGGCCUACAAUUGCCAAGGUCCCAGUGAAUCUAAUGGACGAAAUAUAAAUCAAGAUAAGAACUUGAUACAACUGGAAACAAACGAAUCACCCCACAAUGUCAAAUACUGUCUAGAUAUCCACCAAAACAACGGCGCAGGUACUUUGACUAUUCGAUGUUAUUCGCCUGACGGUAACUCGACGACAAGUUCAACUCAGUCGGACGAGAAAAUCACCUCAGUGAGAUCCACAACACCGGGUUCACUGCCAGUGGAGUCAUCAAAGUCAAAUAUUGUAGAUACUACAGUUUCCACAGAGGAGUCGAACAGACAGUCUGGUGCAGAAUCUUUUCCAGUUGCAGCUGUAGCAGGUGGUGCCGGUGCUUUAGUGAUAAUUGCUGUAGUGUUCGUCGUCGUCGUCGUCAUUGUUAAAAGAAGACACAACACGAAACAUGGGCGUAAUUCAGACAAUGAUGGAGACUAUUGCAACAUGGACUCAGAUCCGUAUAAAUACAAGAACACCAAGCCAUCUGAAACACAUCCAGGAGUUUCAACAAACUCUCACCAAUAUCAGAACGGCAACCAGACGAUUCGCUCUCCUUCAGACGACUAUGCAUUUAUUGAUGACGAAGCUGUCGGCACUACUCGGAAACCGCAGGUAGCCCUAAAACCAAAUCGGCCUAACACAAAUAACCACGAUGAUUUUCAAUCACAACCUGACCACGAUGACGUGUCAAACAUGUACGCCAAGGUUAACAAAAACAAGAAACCGGCCAAAGCUGUGAAUGAAGUCACCAUGCCAGUUAUGCACGUCAAUGAGCUCUAUGCUGCGGUUGACAAAACUACAAAGGGGAAACAACCGUUGAAGGCUAAACCUUCUGGUGAUGUGUACGCCGUGGUAAACAAAAAGAAGAAGUCAGUCGGGAUGGGUUCUGAAUCUAAAGGUCAAGGUCCCGAGUCUGAGAUAACCGGUGAUGUCUACACUGAAGUUCGGAAACCGAAGAAGUCUGGGAUUAAUCCGAACAUCCCUAAAGGUUCACCUGGACUCAUUUACACUGAGGUGGAGUUUGAUGAAAACACAGACGAACCACAGGGAGCCACAGGAGGGGAUGAAAAGACAGACUCAGCUGCAACAGAGGAGGAUCGUGUUCUGUAUUCUGAAGUUUGUUGAAUAGUUCUGUGUAGAUCGUUGGGUGGGGAAAUAGGUGGAAGAACGAUGGGUACAGUUAGCCUAUGUCAGUACUCUAAAACACAUAUUUUCUAAGCACCGUGUCUGACUCACCAAUUCCACUAUUUCUUGUUCAUAAUAGGCCUCCUGUAACAUUAUUUUCCACAGAUCUAUCUCACCACGUUCUCCCCAUCCUUGUUUGUCAGUGGUUUGCUGCAGUUAUAUAAUUUCUGUUCAGUGAUCAUCCAACAAUCGCAUCUUCCUAAUUCCAACAUUCCAUUGUCAAUGUUAUACUAGUCACAACAAGUUAGGGGUCAAUAUCAAAUUAAACCUUACUUUUUCAAAAAUCAGGGACGGUGAUUGGUGAUAAAAAGUAGGUUAUUUAUGACCCCUAUUACACAAUAUACAAAAAUGUAAAGUUAUCCCGUCCACCUGUCAAGGACCUUUAAAUUCUUUUUUCAAAAACUACAACAAGAUUUGGGCCCCCUCUAUUAUGAAAUCCUGGAUCCGCGACUGGUAUGAAAUUGCGUGUCUUUGCUUGAUUUGUUUAUUUUUACUUUGAAUUAGUUUUAUUUCAAUGCAUGUGUCUCAUUUAUAAAUCCAUAAUUAUUAAUGCUUAUACAUUAAGAAUAAAAGUUUACAAAAUACAA